AUGCAUAUUAUACUACUAAUUGAUAAUGCUGCUUCACACUUUGAUCCAAAUGAAGAGGAGCAUACUGAUCAAGAUCAAACAAAUUCUGAUUUUAAAGAAGAAAUUGAAUCAAAUAUUAUUGUUAGUUCAUCCUCUAAGGCAUUCUCCAAAAAACAUGCAUCAAAUAAAAAGCAAAAAACAUAUAAAAAUCAAGUUAUUCAUGCUACAGAUCUUCAGAAUGAAGCAAGUUUAUUUGAUAAUAGUGAGCUUAAUAAGAUUUUAGAUAAAUUAUCUAUAGAGAAUAACUAUGCUACUACUCUUAAUUCUACAAUAAUCAAUUAUUUUAAUGAUAUUGAUCAAACUGUUGCAACUGAAGAUGUAUUAACUGACCAACAAAUAAUUACUCUUAUUCAAAAUAAAGCACACAAUAAUAACAAAAAUGAUUCAGAUGAUUCAGAUAAAGAACCAUCUGAAGUACCUAUUCAAGAGGCAUAUAAUGCAUUAAAAACUUGGAUAACUUUUUUUAAACAACAACAGUCUUCAACUUUUGAUAUGAAUGAUAUAAAAAUAUUUAAAAAAUAUGAUAAAAUUACAAAUAGAAUAUUGUUAGAUUUACAAAAACAAAGUUCUAUUAUAGAUUAUUUUCAGAAAAUUUAA